AUAUCACGUCGACAUGAUUUAGACAAGAGUGAAUUGGAUCUUUGCGGUUAGAGAACAUCAGCCCAACAAACCUCAAGCUUCCUGCUUAAUUCUACUCCGUAUCAACUUUCACGUAUCCCCCACAAUGAAGCAAUACUUCAUCGCCCUCAGUCUCGCUGCUCUUGUGCUAAUGAUCCUCGGAGGCGGCGUGUUAUACUCGAGACAUACGCCGAAAGUCAUGCUGGCAGCGCAACAAGAGGACUGCGCCGACUGUGUCAACUACGCUGGCCGUAUUGACACCAUGUUCCGCAAGACCGAGAAUGUCCAGGGAAACCCUCAGUUUUUCCGCUAUGCAUUGGAUGUAUCCUGCCGCGGUACAGUCCUGGCCUCCGGGCAGUGUUUGAAUUACCGCCGGCAAUUCCUCAAGGAUCCCGAACGGUUUAUGCAGGAGGUUCAGAGUCCUUAUGAUGCGUGUAUUUCUAUCAAUUCUUGCCUCUGAUUUUUUAAUUUUCUCUUCGCCGGGUUUAUUACAUUUUGCCCACUAGCCAUGUUACUGUGUAUAUUCAGGAGGGGACCGAACCCUU